AACAAACUGACGUCAUCACGAGGCGACUCUCGCACCUCAAAGAACCACAACAGUGCUGCACACAGAAGACAGACAGUGUGAAUUAAGCACCUUGAGCAUUUGCAUGUCACCAGUUACACAUCGGUGUGUGCAUCUGUUCGCGCCCGUGAGCCGCAGCCGCAGCAGCCGUCCGCCGCGCGCAUCUGUCCGUGCAGGAACAGACAGACAGACCUGGCGAUGAUGGCGGACUGUAUUGGUUUUCAAGCGCAAAUUGCCUCGAUUAUAGAGAUACUAGCCAAUUCAGCUGUUGCAGAGAUCUGCAAACUGGUGGACGAUGGCUACGCGGCGCUGCGCUCCCAGAUGGACCAGGAGCGGGAGAAGAGCGAGAAGGAGAACGAUGUCCUUCGACAGAAACUGCGCGAAAUGGACGUGAAGAUGCGGAGCUACGAGAGGAAAAUGAAGAGACGGAAUCAGCGGGAGGAAACGCACGCCGUUCAUUUUAGGCCACCCGAAGGACCUGACGACCACCAGCCACUGGUUCUUCCUCUUCCUGUCUCCUCUGAAGACAAACCCUUCCAUCUCAUUUCAAAGGAGGAAACCAAAGUGUUGCCUCUGGUAAAGCAGGAGAAAGUGGAGAGAGACGACUGCAACCUGGACCUCAAGGUGGAGGUCAACAUCAGGUCAGGGUGUGGCCUGUCUACUGCCCUGGAGGUCAGUGAGGAAACCCCACCCAGUGAUAUCGUUCUUGACACCAGUGUUGCCAACAUCACCUCCUCCACCACGCAGUCCUCCUCCUCUCCUACUGACACUACAAUGGACCUGACCUGCAGACCUCGAGCAAAACGUAAAUCCACCAAGCCCCUGAGCAACAGUUUGUCAGUCAGCAGUGGAGGGGUCCCAGUCUCUGAGGCAACUGGUAGAGACCUUGGAGGGAGUCUAACAGACGGUGCUUUGAAGCCAGAGAUCCAGACAGAUGAUACUACAGAAGAGGAACUUCAUUCCUCUCAGCUGUCAGCCCCUGUAGCCUCAGAGGAGCCCAGCCCCGACCGCCUCAACAACCUGGGCUUGGACUUGGCAUGGAUGCAGGAGCGGGUCAGCCAUCUUGGUGCAGCAUAUGCAGUAGCACAGCUGGGUUUGGGGAAUACAGAAACUGGCCACCCCUCUGCCUCCUUCCCCUCACAAGGAGGAGACAGUCUAGAUGGCCCUCCAACCAUGCUCUUCACGAGUGGCGCUCAUGAAAUGGCUGCUUUUGCCGCCUCAUUUGACAUGGCUGCCGCCGCUGCUGCUGCUGCUGCUGUUGUUGCUGCGCCACCUCCACCACCUCCUCCACCUCCUCCCACUACAGCGCCCUCUGCUACCAACACCAGUCAGAGGCGGCCUUACAGGAGCAGCAUUGCUACUACAAAAGAACCUGUGGUAUGUGCAGUUUGCGGGCGUGUCUUCCCCAGUGCAGCUGCCCUAGAGCUGCAUCAACGGGUGCACACGGGGGAGAGACCCUACACCUGCCCCCACUGUGGAAAGGGCUUCGCCCAGCCCAACAACCUGCGGGUUCACCUCCUCAUUCACACAGGGGAGAGGCGUUAUCGAUGUACACUGUGCGGGAAGAGUUUCAUCUCGUCCAGCCACCUGAAGAGGCACCGCACAGUCCAUACGCAGGAGAAGCCCUACAGCUGCUCACGCUGCGGACAGUCCUUCAGCCAAAUGUGUAGCGUCCGCAGACACCGGCAGCAGUCUCAGUGUGGCCUGUAGACUGGAGGAGGUGGAUGGCAUGUGCAAGUCAUGAAAUCUCUUUAUAUGGGAAUUCCAGCAUCUUAUGUAAGCAGGAACAAAUGGAAAGCAAGGCUGUAUCCUGUGAUUUAUGGCACGUAGAGUUGAUAUUCGUCCUAGAUCAUAACUGUAAUCUGUGAAUUCUGUUUUAAGAUUGUCCCCUUAAAGCGCUUUUGUUAUUCCUGGUUUCAAAUUGAGAGUUGACUGUGAAAGAGUGCCUGAGACAGUGUCAAUAACAAUCUAUCAAUGUGUCAUUAAGUGGUCUCGUUUGUGACAGACUCUGAGGUUUACAAGACUAACCCAUGUGGGCUGAUCCAGGAGGGAGAGGGUCAUACUUUAUCUUGGUAUACAGCCAUCAUCACAGUGUGCCUGAACUGUCCACAGACCCCCUUUGAAAUAGGUUCAGCACAAGUGUAUUUUGAACACCUGCCAGCUAAAUACUAUUUAAAUCAUUACAUUGACUUGAAAUAGGUUUUUAAAUCCAUCAAAUGUUAGGCAUUCGUUAUUAACAAAAAAUACAUUCUUGUGUUAUCCUUCUGUAAUUUCUAAAAUCAGACUCGCAUUUACUUCCAGGUUUUGUUUGUUUUAGGGCUGCUGGCACUGAAAGUCUUUCUCACAACGCAAAGUGCUAUAUGAAAGUAUGCCAAGACAUCCUCAGUAAAUUGAAGGAUUUGUGUUUUUUGACCGGAAGCAGGGGGAAGAUGCUAGGUUAGUUAGCCCAGUUCAGUUAAAACAGAAUCAACUACUCCAACAAUUCCAAAGCUCCCUUACAUAUUGGCAUGUUGUAUUUUAUGCAGUCAAGAUGCUGUAUGUAGUAACGAGAAAGUAGAAGCAGAGAAGGAGUAGCCUUUACUGAGCUAAACAUUGUCAUUACUGUUAAUGAAACCCAGUUUAUGAUGUAUUGGUGACUAGCUCACUGGCUAAUAAAAUGCAAGAUAAAUGUAUGACAGCUUUGAAAUUGAUUGGAGUUCUUUUAAAGGUAACUACCUAACAAGCUAACUGUUCUAGCGUGCCUCUAGUAAUUGAGUGACAUAAACUAAGCUAACCAUGUUCGGGACAUCCUGGAUCUCUACUAGACUGUCACAAAUUAUAUACUAUUCUUAUUCUGACUACGACUAAUCUAUGACAAGUAAGUAUAUUCUACAAAAUUUCAGACUCUUCCUUUAAAGCACUUUAAAUUUUCGCAUAACUACUCGUUAAUUCCUUGGGUAAAAUAUGGAGGCAGUGCUGAUACACAAUUAGUUUUUCAGGAUUUAUCAUGUAUUUGACAUAUAGUCAACUGUUAUUCAUAUUGCUACAGUGUCAUUAAUGAAUGGCCUUCUCAAGGCACCCUGGUGUUAAAUGGUAAAUGUUACCACUUGAAUAAAUCUCGUAGUGCAGACCUGCACCUUCUCAUGUAUGAUUGUGUUCAUGUUUAUGUCUUUCAUAAUGAUUGUCACUAUAUUUAUUUACUGCUGCUGUCCGGAGGAUUGAAGAUUUGUUUUCAGAAUUGCCCAACAAAAUCAGAAUAUUUUAUUUUUUAGUUACAAACCCUGUUGAUGCAAGUCUGCCAUGUUUUAAUCCCACUUUUCUGAAUUGGCUUCAAAUUAUCGAAGCCUGCCAUGUAAUAGUCCUUAAUGUCAAUCAUUCUUUGUUCUCAGUUAAAUAUAAAAGAACAAAGUGCUGUAAAAAAAAAAAUGUAAAGUUAAAACAUAUAGAGAGAGUUGUGUUUGUAUGUGUCAGUGUUUGAAUGUAAUUGGCACUAGGUGUAGGUUGCACAGCUAAAACAGUUAUUUUACCAUUUAGCGUUCUUUCAUGACAUGUUUCAGUGUUUAAAAGUGUAAAUGUGUAUCAUUAAACGUGCAAAAGGUUUACAGUGAACUUGACUGUGUUGUCAGCAUAA